AUGGAGAAUGGAGGACGGCGUUUUGGAGGUUUCAGCCACUGUCGUAAGAUGUUGUCGCGAUCGCCGUCAAAGCUCCUUGUCGGUGGCACAGUUGCCUCUCUUCACCCCACCAUCUCCAGCCUGAUCUACAAGCAUAGAUUGGAGACCACCGCAUGUGGCGGCGCUGCCUCCCCGGCUCGCGACAAAAAAAAAAAAAAUCUUGCACAAAGCUCUCCUCCGAUCAUUGCAUUGCUAGAGAUCAUGGCCUCUUUUCCUCUUCCUUUCCAUCGACCUACACGCAAGGCGUCCAGACAGCCCUCCUUGGAUCCGCGCGACGACAUUCUCCUUCAAGUUGACCACUUUAUUGGUAUUGAUGUUGGGACGGGGAGCGCCCGAGCCUGCAUUAUAGAUGGCAAGGGAGAUAUUGUCGGAUUGGCCUCUGAGAACAUUGGCCUCUGGCAGCCCCAGACAGGAUACUAUGAACAAUCAACAAGUGACAUUUGGCGAUGCAUUUGCAUCUCGGUUCAGCGCGCAAUCAGCCAGCAUAACAUUGACCCCGAAACCGUGCGUGGAAUCGGCUUCGACGCAACCUGCUCUUUGGCAGUCUUCAACAAUGUGACCGACGAACCAGUUUCCGUAACUGGCCCUAAUUUCGACUCUGAUCGCAAUGUGAUACUCUGGCUCGAUCACAGGCCCGUGGAAGAAACUGAAAAGAUCAACGCGACAAACCACAAUCUUCUGCGCUAUGUAGGCGGGAAGAUGUCCGUCGAGAUGGAGAUUCCGAAAGUUUUGUGGCUGAAGAACAACAUGCCCAAGGAACUCUUUGACCAGUGCAAGUUCUAUGAUCUGGCUGACGCGCUGACUCACAUUGCUACUGGUAAUGAGAAGCGAAGCUACUGCAGCGUUGUUUGCAAGCAAGGCUAUGUCCCUGUCGGGGUUGAUGGUAGUGUCAAGGGCUGGCAGGAAGAUUUUCUGACCGAGAUUGACCUACAAGACUUGUCGGAGGAUAAUUUUAAACGCAUGGGCGGUGUUGAUGGGGUGAAUGGAGACUACUUGAGUGCCGGCGAGCUCGUUGGCACAUUGUGCGAAAAAGCGGCUUCCGACUUGGGAUUGCCUGCCGGAAUCGCUAUCGGUAGCGGUGUCAUAGACGCCUAUGCUGGCUGGAUUGGCACGGUUGGCACCAAGGUCGAGUUGGAAUCAGACCAGUUGACCUCGGACGUGGCGAAGAAUGACAAGACGCAAGCGUUCUCUCGCCUAGCAGCCGUUGCUGGGACCUCGACCUGCCACCUUGCCAUGUCCCCUGAUCCAGUAUUUGUGUCUGGAGUUUGGGGUCCGUACCGUGACAACAUCAUUCCUGGGUACUGGAUGUCCGAAGGCGGACAGUCUGCUACGGGAGAAUUACUUAAACAUGUCAUUGAAACGCACCCAGCCUUUAACAAGGCGCUCUCAGUUGCAGAAUCCUACAACAUGAACAUCUACGACUAUCUCAAUGAACACCUGAGGGAGAUGGUCACUGAACGAAAAGCCCCCAGCAUAUCCUAUCUGGCUCGUCACUUUUUUUUCUACGGCGACCUCUGGGGAAACCGCUCCCCAAUCGCCAAUAGCAGCAUGACGGGCUCGGUCAUUGGUCUCUCUAGCGAUCAGUCCGCGGAUGGUCUCGCAAUCUACUACUACGCCACCCUCGAAUUCAUCGCUUUGCAGACUAGGCAAAUUGUCGAAACCAUGAACAGGGCAGGCCACAGCCUUGCAUCCAUUUUUAUGUCAGGCUCGCAGUGCCAAAAUGAAAUUCUGGUCAACCUGAUAGCAACCGCGUGCGGCAUGCCCGUACUUAUUCCCCGGUAUAUCCAUGCUGCCGUCUGCCACGGUGCAGCAAUGCUUGGUGCCAAGGCUGCCAGCGCCGAUGCUGAGGGAAAUACGGAAGAUCUAUGGAGCAUCAUGGAUCGUAUGAGCAAGCCUGGAAAGAAGGUUGUUCCGACCAACGACGAGAAUGAAAAGGCCCUACUAGAGGCCAAGUACACUGUAUUCCUCGAGCAGUGCCACAAGCAACAGGAGUACCGGGCCCUUAUUGAUGGUGUCGUGGGCUCAUGGGGAUCGUCUUAG